AUCUACCUACAUACCAUUUAGCACAAACCUUCCAAAUACCAAAAUUCCUUUUUAUCAAAAUGCUCAUCACGGCUUUGAUACCUCUGAUAGUGCUCAGACUUUAACAAGCAGUGGUUCAUUUGUAUCAGAAUGUUAUUCUCAUAGUGAUUCUCCUCAUAUAACCAUUCCUGAACUUUAUCAAAUUAAAGAAACUCCACAUGUUCAGGAAUAUCGUUCAAAAAAUAAAAGAUUUAGUGAUUCUUUUUUUUCAAAGCUGAAAAAAUCUCGCCGUAAUUCAAAGGAUCAAUAUUCAUUUUCCUAUAAUCAUGUUAACUCUAUUAGAAUUUCAAAAACUUUAACUACUACUACUUCAAAUACUCUUUCUUCUUCUCCAAUUAUACUUUCUCCAAUUAUAUCUUCUCCAAUUACUCCUUCUCCAAUUACUCCUCUUUCUUCUUCUCCAAUUACUCCUCCUUCUCCAUCUACUACUCCCUCUCCAAUUAUACAUAAAAGUUUCCCCAUUUUUCCCGAAAAUCAAAGGUUCAACAAUUUAGGUGAUCCUUCUUCUUCUAGUACCGUUAAUUCUUUUAAUACAAAACAUAGUUCUUUUGAUAAUUACUUAAAAAAUUCUCAUACUACAGAUUCUUCCGAUUCUCAAAAUGAUAUUUCCAUUGGAAGACUUCCUUUAAAUAAAUCCGAUGAUAGUACUUUGGCUAAACUUCCAAAUCAAAAAUGUCAAAAAAGACUUUCAAAUAUUUUCAGAAAAUCAAAAAAACAUCAUCCUUUACUCGCAAAUGCUACUCAAGCUUUAGAAUUAAUGAAAUAUAAUGAAGCUAUUAAUUCUUAUUCUCAAGUUUUAACAAAAUAUCCUAAUAGUUAUUCUAUUAGAUGUGAUAGAGCUUAUGCUUCUUAUCAAGUUGAAGAGUGGGAUAGAGCUCUUUCCGAUUUAAAUUUUGCUAUUUCAAAAAAACCUAAAAAACCUCGUGCUUAUACUUUACGUGGUGAAAUUUAUAGACUUUUAGGUUCUUAUAAAGAAUCUUUAAUGGAUUUUAAUAAAUCUUUAAAAUUAAAUCCAAAAAAUGUUCACGCUUUAAGGGCUAGAGCUGAAGUUUAUUAUUCAAUCUGUCAUUAUAAUGAAGCUAUAAUGGAUUUAAAUUUGGCUUUAGAUUUAGAACCUGCAAGUAUUUAUACUCUUGGUAGACGUGCUAAAGUUUAUUGUUCUCUUGGUUUUCAUGGUGCUGCUUUAUUAGAUUUAAAUAAAGCUUUGGAAAUUGGUGGUUCUCAUACUGAUUCAAUUUUAGCCACUCGUGCUGAUGUUUAUCAUGCUCUUGGACGUAAUGAUUUAGCUUUAUUGGAUUUAAAUGAAGCUAUAAUACGAGGUGAAAAUGGUUCGGCUCUUGAACUUCGUGGUUUUAUUUAUAGAACACUUGGUAGAGAUGAAGAUGCUUUAGUUGAUUUUGAAAAACUUGUUCAAAUUAGUUCAAGAAAUUUUGUUGCUCAUAAAAAUCUUGGUGAAAUUUUAUAUUCUAUGGAUGAAUAUGAAGAUGCUUUAGCUCAUAUGAACAUUGCUGUACAAUUAAAUCCUAGUGAAUUAUGUUUAGUUAAAUUACGAGGUGAAAUUUAUCAAAAACUUCAAUAUUAUGAUGAUGCUAUAGCUGAUUUUAGUUCAAUUUUAAAUCAUAUUCCUAAUGAUUUAGAAGCUCUUAAAUAUCGUGGUGAUGCUUAUAGAUCAAUUCAAGAUUUUGAAAAUGCUGAAAAAGAUUUUACUAGAGUUUUAACAAUUGAUCCAGCUGAUGUUUAUUCUUUAACUAGACGUGGUGAAGUUUAUAGAAUGCAACGUCAAGGAUUAAAAGCGUUACAAGAUUUGGAUAAAGCUAUUAAUCAAGAACCAGAUAAUCAAAUGGCAAGAGAAACAUUAUACAAUCGAGGAGCUGUAUAUAGUGCUUUGGGUGAACAUGAUGAAGCUUUGGCAGAUUUCAAUAGGGUCUUGUUUAGAGAUCCACAUCAUUUACCUACAUUAUUUGAACGAAGUACAAUUUAUGAAACAUUAGGAAGGACAGAUAAAGCAUUAGCCGACAUAGAUCAUAUAUUGAGAAUUGAUAAUAAGAAUGAGCAUGCUAUUGCUCUUAUGAAAAGGUUGAAAAACGACAAAAAAAAUGAAUAA